AUGGCAUCUCUGCUAGCAGAGCUAAAGAGCUUCAGAAAAGAGCAUACGGAUGCCUCUAACGAUACCAAGGCCACUCUUGUCCGUGUUGAAAACACCCUGAAAGAAGUCGUCGAACGGACGGCCAAACUCGAACAGGAAAUGACUGAUAUUAAGGAGAGGGCAGCACCAACCCUCAAGCAGUUGGGAAUAAAGGUGAACAUAAGUGAGAGAGAGAUUCGUCGGGAAGACCUACUUCACAACAACACAUGGACCACGAGAUCAAAGGAUCCUGGGAACACAACGAUGGCCAGUGCGGACCUGGACCUGCUUCUGCGAGAAGACGUGUAG